ACCGAGAGAGAAUCGAUCUAAAACUAGGAGUCGCCGCAGUAACCGCUGGGAGGAAGCCACUGUUACAAUUUGCCCCCAUAUGCGCUAGUGAAAUCUUAGAUCGGGUAAUUGUACGGCGAGAGAGCAGCCAGAAUGAGGUGUUCCCGCGAGGUGGUCACUCACGUUCGGCCUGCACGUUGAUUCGAACUCACGCGAUACGCCACGCCGAUACCGAGCUGAUACAGUGCGGAAAUCCACCAAACGAUUCACUCCGAACUGAGGUUCUACACCGAAAAGAGAAUAACAGACAAAGAGAGAGAGAGAGAGAGAGAGACGGGGAGGGAGGGAGGGAGGGGGGAGAGAAAGAGAGAGAGAGAGAGGAAGAGGAAGAGAGACCGACACUGAUAGAAAGAGAGGAAAAGGCACGAGGAGCGCGCCAGAGACAGAUAGUAGAUCGACUGCGAGAAGCGAGAGAAAGAGGAAGAAGUGGAAAAAGAGGAAGAGACAGAUAGAGAUAGAGAAAGAGAGAGAGAAAGAGAGAGAGAGGGAGAGAUAGAGAUAGAGGGAAGGAUAAAGACAGACAGAUAAAGAGAGGGUGGAAGAGAAAGAGAGAUAGAAAGAGGGAGAGAGAGAGAGAGUAAGAGCGAAAUCGAGAGUGUGUGAGAGACGGAGAGGGACGAAGAGAGAAAGAGAAACGGUGUCGCAUCGCAAGGUGUUUCGGUAUACGGUGCACGAGACGGAGAAACGUUCGCGAGAAGAUCGCGAGAGGUUCGGAUCGAAGGAAAAACAAGCAAGCGGGGAGGCAGAGAGGCGAAAGACCAAGAGGAGAAAGGGCCAGAAACGCGGGGAUCCAAGAAAAAUCGAGAGAAACGGGUCGAGAAAGGGAAAGAGAGAGAGAGAGAGAGAGAGAGAGAAGAAGGAGCGGGAGCACGAGAGAAAGAGAAAGGGAGAAAGAGAGAGAGAGAGAGAGAGAGAGAGAGAGAGCGCAAGCAAGGGUGGGCGGACAGUAGUGCACGAGAGCAUCCCGUCGCCACGAUAAUGCGACGUGCAGCUUCUUUGCUCGUUCCUUCUGAAUAAGUGCUUGCUGGGACGGUCCCUUACCUGCAGGGAUAUGACGUAAUGGCAAGAGAGGAUUCAACUAGCCUGCUUCUCUCUCUCCGGCCUGUUUUCGAUUCUAACUCGACGAAUUCCUCGGGCAUUGACCGACACGUGAACGCGCCAAUUCCAAUCCAAACUGACCUUCUAAACUGAUUCUUCUGUGAGCCACCUUUUACCAAACUCUAUCCUUAGCGCCCCUCUGCCAAUCCUUUGUCGUGUCCCCUUUACCUUUAUCUUGUCUUCUUGAUCGCGUUUGUAAAAUGAAACUGGAGUUACGGAGCAAGAGACCUUUUAAGAUAUGGGACAGCUGGCGUAACGUAAGAAAGGGACUGUGUGUUAGCAAUUUCGAGGAACUGAUACACCAGGGUAAGGAGAAAUUGGGCGUGCCUCAGAACGAGAAUGUCUCCGUAGUUCUGGAAUCAGACGGAACACAGGUCGAGGACGGCGAAUAUUUUAAAACCCUAGCGAACAACACGAUCCUGUUGUUGUUACGGCAUGGUGAACGCUGGUGUCCAACUGGUGUCGACAUCAUACGCGCCGCGAUUUCGGCAAUUCCGAAAAUAGUCUGCGAAACGAUCCACGCCCUGGAGCUACACGAUGAGACGCCGUCGUGGAAGAUCAUGGACAAUAAGGGACGAGUCACGGUGGUGCUGCACUGGGAUCAGCGUUCAUCGACGUCGUCGCAGGCGCAGCAACAGCAGAAAGGUCAAGAUGUGCAGGCCUCCAAGUAUUCGCCGACUAAGAAAACCGACCUGAGCGGUAGUCAACGGCCGCCCUUGGUCAUCCAGACCAGCCUGGACAAGCUCAACUAUGCAGGGAAGCUGGGUCACCUGGCGGCAGAAGUUGGUCCUAGCCGCUACACCAGCCCCCAUAUCACUGUGAUAAAUCAUGACGACAUGCAGCAGCAGCAGCAGCAGCAGCAGCAGCAGCAGCAGCAGCCGCAGUUGCAGCCGCAGCCUCAGCCGCAGCCUCACGGGAUCCCAGGCCGUCUGGUGAAGCAGGGUACCAACUCGUUCGACAGCACCACCAUCCAUAUCCACACGCCGGAAUGCUCGAAUCAUAUUCAUCAGCCGGUAGCGAGGAACGGGAGCCCUGUCAACGGAGCGGACGGCGGUGCCAGCGGAGAAUGCGACUUCCAUUGCUGUGCCCUGCACGAGGAGGGCCGUAGAAUCGCGGUGCACAAGUCGGUGGCUACAUCGCCGAUCCAGGAUGCCCAACAUCAGCAGUAUCAGCAACAGCAUCAUCAUCCGCAUCCGCAGCAGCAGCAACAACAAACGCAGACUCAAACGCCCUCGCCUCAGCCACCUUCUUCAUUAUCGGACGGGACAAGACGAGCGGGCUUGAGCAAAGGUCACGUGAGAUUCUGCGACACCGCGGACGAGGAGUCGAGCUCCCGACUUGCCGGCAACUCGGCUGCCAGCUUUCAUCUUCAUCAUCAUCACAAUCAUCAUCAGGAGCACGACAGCUCCGAAUCCGAGACCGAGAACACGAUCAUGGAGGACGAGAUCGUGACCUCGGAGAAAUUUUUACUGCUCAUCGAUCAGCUCACCGUAGACCAGAAGCACUUAAGCAUCAAGGACAUCGGUAUCAUCCUCGAACGGCUCAGCUCGAAGAUCCUCGAUGUCGAGCGGCUCGACCGCGAGAGCGAGAGCGAGGAGUGUUACAACUGGACGAUUAAGGCUAUUAUUAGGGGAGACGUGUUGCGGGAGCUCGGAGUUAUUUACAAUGGAAAUUAUUACGCGAUCUCGGAGCAUCCUGGAUAUAAGGAGGAAUCCGAGGAGAAUAACGAGGAUAACGAGGAGGAGGAAGAGGAUAGACUUUAAUAUGAUGCUGUUUUACUAGAUAGAUAGAUAGAUAGAUAGAUAGAUAGAUAGGUAGGUAGGUAGGUAGGUAGGUAGGUAGGUAGGUAGAUAAAUAGAUAGAUAGAUAGAUAGAUAGAUAGAUAGAUAGAUAGAUAGAU